GAAGUUAAAGCAGUCAUCAGAAAAAAAAUCCCUACAAUGUCAGGGAUGAUGACGGCUUCAAUUCCUCAAAUAGGAAGGAGCAGAGAAGACAAGACUGAAAAACUUAAGCAGAGAGACUAUGCAUGAUAAGGUCCUUAAAACAAGGUUAGCCCUCAGAGCUUGGGGUGGGGGAAGAUCGGGGAUAAGACCAGGAGCUCUUGGGCUGAGGGCUUCUUUCAAUACUUGUAGAUGUUUACCUCUCUAUGUAUUGAUCUGUGAAAUGGGGAGCUUGGUUAGACCUGUGCUCUCCAUUUUGUUUCUGAGUAGGAGACUGGCUCAGUUUUUGCUUUGAAGUCAGGCAUCCUGCCCAUCCAUCCUUCUGAUUGGGGUCCAAAUGGGAUUCCAGACACUAGCUGCCCUGUGGACCAGGGAGCACCAGAUACACAGACUGUAGAGCCUGUGGGGCUGUGUGUUAUAGUGGCUCUGAGGUGGGCCUGGUUUUUAAUCCUUAGUCUUCUUCCUUAUAGACCAAGAGCAACAAUGCCUCCCUUAUCAGCCCCCCAAGCUGAUGGUAAGGUUCUAGAGCUAGGAUGCAGGAAGAUGCUUUUGGACUCUGUAGCCCUAACAAUGACAUUGUGAUGCUCCAACAUACUUCUUUCUCCCUAGGAAAUGCUUCCACGAGAAGGAGGAGAGGAAGGGAAGAUGUUUCUGUGAUGCUGCCAGGCCUGCGAAAAGCCACUUGAAGAGUGCCAGCCCGAGGUCACCGAAUGGAUGAGUCAAAUGUGACAGCGUUUGUCGACCAGGAGUCCCAGAAUGCCUCGACCAGUAGGAAUUCCUCACCUGGGAAUGCACUGCCACACGUCCCAGUUGUGCACUGGGUCAUUAUGAGCAUCUCCCCACUGGGCUUUGUAGAAAAUGGGAUUCUGCUCUGGUUCCUCUGCUUCCAGAUGAGAAGAAAUCCUUUCACUGUCUACAUCACCCACUUGUCUAUUGCUGACAUCUCGUUACUCUUUUGUAUUUUUAUUCUGUCUAUCGACUAUGCUUUAGAUUAUGAACUCUCUUCUGGCCAUUACUACACAAUGGUCACUCUAUCAGUGACUUUUCUGUUUGGCUACAACACAGGCCUCUACCUGCUGACAGCCAUUAGUGUGGAGAGGUGCCUGUCUGUCCUCUACCCCAUCUGGUACCGAUGCCACCGCCCCAAGCACCAGUCAGCAUUUGUCUGUGCCCUCCUGUGGGCUCUUUCCUGCCUGGUGACCACCAUGGAGUACAUCAUGUGCAUUGACAGUGAGGAAGACAGCCACUCUCGGAGUGACUGCCGGGCAGUCAUCCUCUUCAUAGCUGUCCUCAGCUUCCUGGUCUUUACCCCGCUCAUGCUGGUGUCCAGCACUAUCUUGGUGGUGAAGAUCCGAAAGAACACAUGGACCGCCCACUCCUCAAAGCUGUACAUCGUCAUCACAGUCACCAUCAUCAUCUUCCUCAUCUUUGCCAUGCCCAUGAGGCUCCUCUACCUGCUGUACUACGAGUACUGGUCCACAUUUGGGACCCUGCAUAACAUCUCUCUGCUCUUCUCCACCAUAAACAGCAGUGCCAACCCUUUUAUUUACUUCUUUGUGGGCAGCAGCAAGAAAAAGAGGUUCAAGGAGUCCUUAAAAGUAGUCCUGACCAGGGCUUUCAAAGACGAGAUGCAGCCCAGGCGCCAGGAAGACAGUGGCAAUACAGUCUCCAUUGAGACUGUGGUCUGAGGACUAUGCAGGAAAGUGUGGGACACAGGUGACCUCUACUUUGUGCCCUUGGAAUGCAAUUUAAGUAUUUUAAAAUUUCCUUAAAUGUGAUUCAGAAGGACAUUCAUUCCAUGAGAUAUGCAUGAGAUAUAAAUUAAUGAUGGGAUCAUGCUCUUGUCCUGUAUCUUCUGGAAAUGCCUAAAUACGAGUGAGACCUCUGUCAUUUCUAUACUUAUCAAAAACUGUACUUAUCAAGAGCUCUUCUCUGUUCUCCUGGAGGUGUCUUAAAAAGAAUCAUAUAUUCUACCAGAAAGAACCAUACAUCUUCUCUUACAGAUGUGACCAGGAAUGACAACAAAAGUGUGUGCUGGAACUUGAAGAAGCAAUGCAAUGUAGGAGGAGGAAGAAGAGCUUUAGACUUGCCAUUUGCUAUCUUUAUGAUCGUAUGCAAGGGGUUUAACUUUUCAGAGCCCCAUUUCCUUAUUUAAGAGAUAGUAGCAGUACCAGUCUCAACCUCCCAGGGUUGUGAGAGUGAAACAGGAAGAAAAGUUGGCUAAGUACCUGGCACAUUGUCAAUGUUUAAUAAACCUCCAUCUCUAAUCACUCAUUUAAGUGGAAGACAAAAAUGUUUAUUUCUGUUUUAUAAAGCACACAUACAUGUAGGUAUGUGGACAGCUCUAUCAUGUACAAAUAUUAUUCUGCGUUUUUAAGUGUUGAAGGUCUUUUUUUAUGAAGGUCUUUUUUUGCUUUCAACAUGAAAGAUCUACAUGGCACAACACCAUGGUUGAAAACAUUGGCAGAUGUUAUCAUCUAGCCAACCAUGGGUUCAAGAAUCAUUUCAGGAAGACAAACAUUUGGCCAUUUGGAUCAGUGUGUCACAUGGCUUCCCUUCCCUCCAUGGGAACAGUAGAUGGAAUGAAAGUCUGUUUUGAAAUCCUUUGAUUGCAUAUACAUUUCCACAAAUACUACUAAAUUCACAAGUUCAUGUGGCAAUUGGACUUUUGAAGACCUCCCCUUCUCCAAGUGGUGGGUUAUUUAUAAUCACAAAGUCUUCCUUCUCCUAUAACCCCAUUCAAGUCUGCCACCUUUGCCUGCAGUGACUCAUCCCUGGAAGGAGGCUCUGUGAGGCCAACAGGAAUGCAGCCACAUCCUGGAGGGACCUGAAAGUUUGUCAAGACAGAUCUCUGCCCAACCCUGUCACAUCUGGCUCCUCCUGUUCAGGGAACCAAAGAUGGCACAUCUGGGGGACAAGCACCACUGCUCUGCUGUCCAAGCAGCCCACGGGAAUCAUAAACUCAGCCCCAAUAAAAAAUUAGAGUGGCAAAGUGUAACAAAAGGAAGACACUUUAUUUGU